AUGGGCGGCAAGAGGGCAGCGCCGAAGGGCGCGGCGGUGGCGAAGGCGUCGCCAGAUGCCGCUAGCAGGGCGACCACAGAGCUGCAGCCAGCCAAGAGGACCAAGAUUGCGACCAAGAAGGCGACCGUGCCGGCGGGCGUGAUGAACAGCGACAUCAUCCAGACGAUCAGCAGCAUCGAGCAACGCAUCAAGGACCACGCCGUCUUCCAGGGGGUCUCCAAAGCUCCACCUCUGGAGCUCGUGCAGAGGGCUGACCCUGAGAACCCUUUGGAAUGGGGAUCAGCAGCGGGAUUUGACCCUGCCGCGUUCAAGAGGGCGUUUCCAGCAAAAGGAGAGUACCGAUGCAAUCACUCAAUCCUCGUGUUCAAGACAUUGCAGACCUCCACCAAGAAGACGCCCAUCCAGUGGAAGAAGGUCGUGAUGCUGAAGGGGCAUUUCUGGGGCCAGCCGCCUACAAAUGGUUUCACAGAUGCCAUGACGUUCUGUGGAGCUGUUCGCACAGACGAAGACCCUGACACAAUGCAUGGUGAGGUUCAGCUGAUCAGUCCCAUCGAAAUGAUGUGGUCUUUACUGCUGGCAGUCGAUGAGGCGAUCGCUAAUGGGGAGCCUGAGGAGGUGCUGCUGAAGUGGUGCUCUACGCUGGUCAGCGUCCCUUGCCGCUUCAUCAUCAGCGACAACCAGAGCGACCGGCACUGGAAGCACAUGCAGACCAGGGAGGACAUCGCGCAACUAGGCGCGAUGGUGAAGAGGACAUCCGUGGAGCGCGGCUUCGACGUCAUGGAGGCCAAGGAGAUGGCGGAGGAUGGGAAGGGCGGCGUCACGCUCAGCGCCAGUGCCUGCUCUGAGCUCUGGAAGAGCAACGUGAGGUUGGCCCACAAUUCAGAGCCUGUCAAGCCAGCGUUCGUAGAUGCAGUAUUCACGGUUUUUCAGCGCUUGAUGGCCGACGACGUGUGCAAGCAGAUGGUUCUAGCUUCGGAGGUCGACUUCGAGGGUGCGUUCACGAUGUACAAGCUCGAGGCGGUUGUGAAGCGAUGCGGCUCCAUCGAGCUCAUCAGGUGGACCGUGUCCAUGUUGUACCACCAGCUGCAGAACGGGGAUCUACUGCUUACGGACCUUUCGCCCAGGCAAUAUACGGGCCGCGGUAAUCCUGGCAACAAGGGUAUCUUGGACUUGGUGGUCGCCAAGCACGAGGUGGCGACCUUCAUGGCCGAGGACGCCAAGUCCCGCUCUUUCGACGAGCAGUUCGCGCUGUGGACCGGCGGUGUGCACUUGUACUAUGCCGACGUCGGCCCGUGGGAUCCAGCCAGGAAGCAGUUCGACACUGAGAGUCAUCGCGUCUGCCCGCCUGGGCUGGCGGGUAGACUGGAUGAGUCUCCCGAAGUAAGGCUUUGGGGGAACACCGUCGUGGGCCACGUGCGCGACAGCCAGCUCAAGGCGCGCAAGAUCGCGGGGAACCCGCUCUCUGAGGGCUUCUUUGGGAAGUCGCCGUUCAAGGAUGCGAUCGAGGGGGUCUACUCGGAGCUGGAGAAGGAGGAUCUGGGGAAACCUCGAGUGCAAGGAGACGGAGAGAUCACCCUCAAGGAUGUCGAGAAGGCGAGCGAGGAUGCAUCUGGCUCCUCGACGAUCAUCACCAUCGGCAUGGGCAACACCAGUGCGAGCGCAGAUGAGCUGGCCAAGUGGACCGACUACGCCCGGAAGAUCUACUCUACGCGCGUCAAGCUUGUGGUGGACCCUGGUUCGGCACAAGGCGUCAGCGAGGUCAUCGAGAUGUCGGCCCUGAGCAACGUGGCGGACAAAAUCAAGUCGACGACGACGCUCAUCCCUGUCAUGUACGACCAGAAACUCGCUGGCAUGGCAUCGGCUAGAAGCCAUAUCCGCAUCGUCCCCUUGCGUGAAGGCCACUUGAGCUACAUGGUGAAGGGCGUUUUGAAGGCCACUGCCCCUCUGAACCAGAUGCCGAAGACCCACGCCUUCUACAUCCUCGACGGCACCGUGCAUGGGAACGAGGCGAAAGUCGCGAGAGCGUUCCAGGGGGAAGACGGCAAGGCCAUUCCCAAGGAGAAACGCUUGCAGUACGUGAUGUCGACGGAAUCGUCGCUGCGCAAGCGGCGGUCCAUCGUCAGGGGCAGCUCGCAACUUCCACUGGUUGAGUACCGCAAUAUCUUCGCGCACCCGGAGACGGAGUUUCAGGAGAAGGACCGUGCCAAGUGCGCUGGUACAACCAAGGGCGGUGUCCUGGGGCCCUUCGACGUUCCCGACAACAGCAAGGAGAACGUUUGGCACGUGCAGCACUCCAAGAAGCUCAAGAUGUACGCAGCAGGCUUCAUCGAAGUCGGCAAGGCAGUUGCGGGCGACAUCCCUGAGGACGACCCCGCUCCCAAGCAGGCAGAGCAGGUCCCGUUCUGCUACCGCGGCAACUCGCAGGACCUCUACAAAGAGCUCGGCCGCGCGGUCUCGGCGCCAGGAUGGAUUGAUUUGACCUGCUGCGACGGAGGCUUGGCAUUGCACUGUAUCAAAGAGAAGAAGCCGUACCUUGGCUUCUGCUUCUCGCAAGAUCACCGCGAUGCUCUGGAGACCUACCUCAUCGAUCAGAUAUUCAAGUGCUUCCAGCGGGCAGACGACGAGCUGCGCGAGCCUGACCUGGCCAAGCUCUUCAAUCAGAAGGAUGACGACGACGAGCCGAAGAAGGACCCCGCCAAGCCCAAGAGCAAGCCUAAGGGCAAGCCUAAGGGCAAGCCCAAGGCAGGAGCGGCUGCCUUGUCUAAAGCCGAGCUGCUCAACAAGCUGCAGGAGCUGGACGACAGCGAUGGCCCCGACGGCGAGGGUGACGAGGGCGAUGAGGAUGACGAGCAGUGA